AUGGCAAAAUUGAUCAGAGAAAAGACUAAUGCUACAGCUUCUACUAGCACCUAUCAAAUGUUUGUGAAAACUCUUACUGGAAAAACUAUUACUUUAAAAGUAAAUUCUGAAAUGACUACAGAAGCUGUAAAAAAAUUGAUACAAGACAUUGAAGGUAUUCCUUCCAAUCAACAACGUUUAAUAUUUGCUGGAACGCAGCUAGAAGAUGUUUCCACAACUUCUUAUGAAGUAUUUGUGAAAACUUUGACUGGAAAAAUGCUCACCUUAAAAGUGAAUUCGUCAAUGAAUAUAGCUACUCUGAAAGAAUUGAUACAAAAUAUGGAAGAUGUUCCUUCUGAUCAACAGCGUUUAGUAUUUGCUGAAACACAACUGGAAGAUGAAAGAACUCUUUCGGACUAUAAUAUACAAAAUAAAUCUACAAUUCAUAUGGUACUUCAUUUACAAGGCAGAAUGUAUCAUUUUACAAGUGGUCGACAAGAUUUUAGUAACUUUCCAUAUGAUGGCACCGAAGCAAUCAAAAAUGUUCUCGCAUUCGAUUUCAAACAUAUGAAUCAUGCUGGUCAAUUCUCAUCAGCUGAACUACAAAAUUUUGUUUCACAAGCGCAAGCUGUUUUGUCGGAAUUGUAUAGGGCGAUCAAAGACUAUCCUACAGUUGGAAAUAAUUCAGAUUUAAAGACCAUUAUAUAUCCAAGUGUCGAUAAUAAAGAAAACGAUAAUGAUAGUGAAGAUGAUGACGAUUUUUCAAAUAAUCAAUGA